GAAUUUGACAGCGGUGCCAGGGGCUGAGUCGAUGCAGUCUUCCUUCACUCGGUUGCACGCACCAAUUAUAUUCCUGAAUCAUUCCAAUAUAUGCAGAUUAUUUCCACAACGUACGGCAUCUCAAUCACUAAGAUCCAGGGUUUUUGAUAGCCGCUGUACUGCCAGCACAUCGAGUCCUGAUGCAGUUGGCAUCGAGCUGUCAGAACACACUCCCAGAAGGGGGAGCUGCUACGGCUGCGGCGCUGCCCUGCAGACAGAGGAGGCGGCUGCCCCUGGGUAUGUAUCUGUGGAGAAGUACGAAGAGAAGCGGCGGCACCGCCAGCUAGGCACUCUGGUGUGCAGGCGCUGUCAGGACCUCAGCAAUGGGGCAAUGGUGCCGGGUGUGGCGGAUGUCUGGGGCAGGGACUCAGAGGAAGAUUUGAAGGUCUUGGUCUCGCCUGAGCAGCUACGGACGCAGCUGGCGCGGGUGAGAGAGGAGAGGGCGGUAGCAGUCCUGCUGGUGGAUUUGCUGGACGCUUCAGGGAGUUUUCUUUCACGAGUGCGCGACCUUAUUGGAAAAAACCCCGUGUUUCUUGUGGGCACAAAGGUGGAUCUUUUGCCAAAAGGGACAAACACGGAGGAGGUGGCCCAGUGGUUGGAGCGCUCUGCAGCCCAAAAGCGGCUCAGCCCCAUCGCCACCUUCCUCGUCAGCAGCCGUACAAGGGAGGGUAUCGCUCAGGUGGCGAAGGCCGUGCGCAUAGAACGGCGGGGCAGGGACGUUUACAUCAUGGGAUCUGCCAAUGUUGGCAAGUCUGCCUUUGUAAGGUGCGCAGAGUGCCAAAUAAUCGUCCUUGAACCAGCGAUUGGUAUUGCUGGGCACCUGCCAGUGGAGUCCGCCAUGCCAGGAACCACACUCCAGCUCAUCGCACUCAACACCUUCGAGGCUGGCGGCACACUCUUCGAUACUCCGGGAGUGCACCUGCAGCAUCGGCUGCAGCACCUGCUUGAGCCGGCCCUGACUAAGCAGCUGCUGCCAAAGGGGAAGCUGAAGCCCUUUCUUCCCCCAAGUCCCCAAGAGCUGGCAUUCCAGGCACAGCUAGGCACAAGCAGCCCCACAAGCUACUUCUGGGGCGGUCUGGUCCGCAUAGACAUAGUGGAUGCGCCCGUAUCGACCAGCCUUGCUUUCUACGGGCCAAGAACAAUGCGCGUGACAUCCUCGCCGCUCCUUGAUGACAGCAGCGAUCACCUCAGCGCCGUGUCAGCAAAGAGCGCUGAUGUGACUCUGAACCUCAGUGGGGCCGGUCCUGUGGCGGAUGUGGCCGUCUCUGGCUUGCCCGGGUGGGUGGCGAUCAGAACCGAGCAGAAUGGCGGACGCUUAGUGCUACGAGUGUGGGCACCUGCGGGAAUUGAGGCCUAUGUUCGGCCGCCGCUGCCAGUGCCGCAGAUUGUCAAAUAG